AUGGCACCACCUGUUUUUAAUGGUGAUAACUAUCAGAUUUGGACGAUAAGGAUGGAAACUUAUCUAGAUGCCAUGGAUAUGUGGGAGGCAAUCGAAGAGGAUUAUGAAGUCCCUCCGCUUCCUAACAAUCCUACUAUGGCCCAGAUCAAGAACCAUAAAGAUAGGAAAACCAUAAAAUCAAAGGCAGCCAAAGCCAUCUGGCAUUAUCUCAAGGCAGAAUAUGAAGGGGAUGAAAGGAUGAGAGAUAUGCAAGUGUUAAAUCUUAUAAGAGAUUUCGAGAUUCAGAAGAUGAAAGAAGUAGAAACCAUCAAAGAUUUCUCUGAAAGGCUCUUGAACAUAGAAAAUAGGGUAAGAUUGCUUGGUUCUGUGUUUAAUGAUUCACGUAUUAUUGAAAAGAUUCUGGAAACUAUGCCAGAAAGAUUUGAAGCAACCAUAACUACUUUGGAAAACACUAAGGAUCUGUCCAUGAUCACAUUCGCAGAGUUUUUGAAUGCUUUGCAUGCCCAAGAACAACGAAGAGUCGUGAGAGAAGAAGGAAAUAUCGAGGGAGCAUAG